AUGGCUGUCACUGGCACUUCAGAAAGAGGAAGGAGGGUGUAUGGUACGCCUUCUGGUUCCUCUGGUGAUGCAGCAUCAGCAGACAGAGAGAAUGGGGUUGAGGAGGAGGUGACAUCUUUAAAGUCUGCAGAAGCAACAGCAGCAGCAGCAGCAGCAGCAGAAGCAGAUACAUCAUUAGAUUUAGAUGAACUUGUUAAUGAUGAUGCAGAUAUUGCAUUUGAACAAGAAUUAAGAAGAGAUCCUUAUCAAGUAAAAGUAUGGCUUGCUUACCUAAAGAGCAGAACAAAGGCUAAGCCCGCUAUUCGGUACGUUUAUGGUGUAUGUACACCUUAA